UGUCAAGAUCAAGUGGUCAACUUCCUCUAUCCUCUAUGAAAUUUUCUAGAAUGUCUUAUUGUCUUGUAAUUAUUGCGGUGCUUCCCCUAUAACCAGAAAGGUGAGGUACAAGAUAUCAAUACCAAUAUGGAUUGUAAAAAAUAUAAUGCAAUGGAACAUUAUCUACAUACCAUAAAUCAAAGAUAUAUAGCUCUUUCUGAAGAAGAGGAAAUACGUAAUAACGCAAUACUGAGAGUUGUUGUGGAACCUAUAAUCCAGAAAAUGCGAGAAAAAGACAAACUUUUUAAAAAGCUCUAUAAAGACAUGUUUUUUGGAGGCAGUUAUUACGAUGGUUUAAAAAUUGGAUCUCCAAAUGAGUAUGAUCUAGACCUGUUAUUAAAAUUUCCUCCACCAUGUGAAACUGAAAUUUGCAAUAUAAAUGAAGUUGACAUAUAUACUAGUAACAAACCGGGUUUUGUGAAUCUAUAUUUGCGUAACAGGAAUGGUUUUGGAAAUUUGUGUGAAUUCUGGCAAGCCUAUCUAGAUAUCCCUAAACUAUUAUCUUGGAUGGAAGGAGUCAUUCAAAAGGCUUUAAACGAUUUCAGUGAAGACAGAUCCUGGUACAUUUUUCAGAAUUUAUACAGUCAAAAGUACUAUGUAAAGGUUUAUAAACAAGGUCCAGCGUUCACUCUGAUUAUAAGAGGGGAAAAUCUUGGUCAACUAGUAAACUUGAGCAUAGAUUUAGUACCCUGUUUUUCAUUUGAUUACAGUAGAUGGCCAAAGAAUGGAUUUAAACCAAAUCCAUUCAGCUACAACACUGAUAUGUCCGAUUUCUUUGUUGUACCAAAAUAUCCAAAAGGAGUUCCAAAUUAUGGAGGUAGAUACUGGCGAUUAUCUUUUCAAAAACAGGAGAGGUAUCUAAUACAUAACAAGGGCCGUCUAAAGCCUGCAUUAAAAUUGCUAAAGAAAAUGAGAGAUACAAUGAACAGUAAUCAAAUAUCUAGUUAUUAUUUAAAAACUGUGGUUUUAUGGGAUGCCGAAAAACAAGAUCCAAAUUUUUGGCUUUGUAAUUCGUUGAGUUAUGUCUUUAUGUAUAUCCUGAAAACAUAUCAAAAAUGUUUGUCAGAAAAAAAAAUACCCUAUUUCUGGAAUAAAAAAUAUAACCUUUUGGAAUCGGUGAGUGGUGAUUUGAAUAAUAUGAGCAACAGACUGAAAUAUAUUAUUGAUGACAUCGACAGAAAUGUAUCACAGAAUCCAGCUGUGGUGCUGAAAUAUGUUUUAACACCCGAUGAACAGAAAGCACUAUUUCCUGAAGUACCUAUUGAGGAGUCAAGCUGGUGUUCAUUACUAUAGUAUGUAUUAACCAAUUAAGUACUCAUUUUUAUUAGACUUUUUUAUGCAUAUUCAUCAACAUAAAUUUAUUACCUAUAAUGUAAAAUAUAUUAGUACUAACUAUUCAAUUUUUAAAAUAUAUUGUACAUUUUUCAUUGAGAAAAAUAAAUCUUAUA